UGAAGUCGUUGUAGUUCGCUGUCGGUGUCGUUGAUAAUUUGCUGUGCUGCGCCGCUGCUGUUGUGGAUUUUGUUGGAAUUAAAAGAAAUUGUUUUUUUUUUCUCGCUACAAUUUUUAUUCCGUUCGUUUCCCUUAAUUCUUCGGUAACAAUUUUCAUGGUAGCAAUUCACAGAAAAUCACAAAAAUGAAGCAAAGUUAAAAUUGAAAAUUGUGCAACACCAAAAAUAGGAAAAAUUACCUAUUGCAUAUUACACAUGUGAGCAGAGAAAUGUGAAAAAAAUGUGAAAAGAAAGAAAGAAAAAAAAAAGAAUGUGAAAAAUUAUGAGUAUUCUACGAUUAUAUGCUGCAAGAAAAUAUAUAUAUACGUAAAAGCAGGAAGAGAAACGGAAAUGUGUAACUGAUCUAUGGUUUUGUGUUACGCUGCCCAUAAACGACGAUUUUACAGUGAAGAUCGCCCGAAAAGUGUAAAACCUUUAAAAUUGGCUACAACCCUCCAACACGAAUCGGAUUUCACAUAAAUAUUUGCAGCAGCGUUAACACGAUAUCUCCCAUCCGUCGUCUGCAUACUUACUACUUACUAUCGUAACUACAUAUUGAACUGCUGGUUGUUUAUUGUACAGCUCUAUUCAGCUAUUCCUGAAGCAUCGAUUCCAAAGUAAUCUUUUUCGCCAACAAAUUGCUAUCGUAAACUUCAAAUUGGCGUCUGGAGUGUGGUUUUUGGGUAUUUUUAAAAUCAUCAUAAUUUCGCACAAGAUCCGGUGAUGUGGGACAACCCCCGCAACGGGAAAUGCAACAAACCCAACGUUAUAUACCGUCUGUAUCUGAUUUAUAUGGGACGGACGAGAUAGAACUCCUACUGGACGAAAUACGCGAAUUAGAACCGGUCUGCUGUCAGCUGGACGAUGAACAGGAUUUUGAAAUAGCUGGCAGCAGAGCCGGUGAGCUGUCACUAUCCUUAGAAUCGCCGCUGGGCACGUGCACGUCGUGGGACUCGCACGCCAAUUAUAAACAGCGCAGCGGCCAAACGCCACUGCCAUGGGGUGUCGCCCUACACUGUGAUCCGCAACACUUGAAAACGCCUACAGGGAUUGUGCGAAUUCUUUUGGUGUUAUCGUCAGCCGCUUGUCUGGCCUGCGAAUGUUCCGCCGGCACAGUACAAGUAGGCCUCUUUUUACUGCCACUCAUCGGACGCUUGAGAUUAAUGGUCUUCUGUGCGAUCUUCUCCUUACUAAUCACCUGUCUAAUGUUAUUUCUAGACAUUUCACAUAUAGCACUCAUGUUCCCCUUCAAUUGGACUAAAGUUAAUACAUGGAUGUACCUGAGCAUUGGUUUGAUAUUAAUUUUGAGCUCGACGCUGGUUAUGCAUAUGGUGCUUUACGCUGAAGAGUACAUUGCGGUCAACAAGCACACCAAGGAUACACUUUUUACUUCAGCGUUUAUCGGUUACAUUUGCGCCAUUGAAUCGUUUAUUCUGGCUGGUAUUGCUUCAUGGCCAUGGACGCAAUAUUAUCGUCAGGUGCCCGAUGAUGGCAGCGAAAUGUAUAUCGAAGAUCGUGAAAUGACACCAAUGAGUCCAAUCGAGAGUACUGAUGUGCCGAAUACACACCAUCAAACACAACAUAACAAUCGAAAUAAUAGCACUGCACACAGCGAAUCAAAUCACAAUAAUCAGCAACAGCAACAACAACAACAACAAUACAAUCGAAUAUCAUCGUCGUCGUCCUAUAAUCAAAAGCCUUAUAUACCUGCCAAACGACCCAAUGAAUUGAUUAACCAAAGACCAACUCUGGGUCACACCCAAACAACCAGGAAACCAAAUACUCGUUACCGUGAAGGCUAUCAUUAUCAACCAGUUGCGUCAACGUCCCGCCAGAGCCCCACAUUCGUCAUAGGCGAUGACAUUGGGGCCGGUCCAUCCACAUCCCGAUCCAAUGAUAAUUCUAGUGCGUGAUAGUUUUUAUUCCUCAUAAUAAUGUAAUAAAUUUAAAAUAUAUUGCAAAAAAAAAUUAUUAUAAUAAAAAAAAUUUGCAAAAAGACAACAAAGUAACAAACUGAAGCGUACACAAUAAGCCAUUGUCAUUGAAUGAAAAUUCGAAAAAAAAACAUAAUAAUUAUUAUAAUACGAGUAACAAUUGAAAGAGAGGGGGAGAAGUAAGUAAGCAAAAACAGAAAUAAAUAAUUAAUUAAUUGUAAAAUAUAUAUCUGCGGGUAUGAGAAAAAUUAAUCAGCUGAAUUUUGAUUCGGCAACGAAUACUAAAGAAACAAAAACAAAAACUAUUAUAAUAAAAAAUUUAAACAAAAUGCAUUUGGUAAUUGUAACGAAUUGUUUAUAGAUGAACAAAAAAAUAAAAAAUAAAUAAAUGAAAAUAAAAAGUAAAAUAGAAGUGAAAAAAGCAAACAACAGCAACAAUAAUAAUAGUUUUAAAUGUGUGUGUAUAACAAAGUAAAACGAAAAAUUACCGAAAAAGAAAAAGCAAACAAAGAAAAGAAAAAAAACACUAAGAAUUCAAUGAAUUUAAACACUGCAAUAAGAAGAAGAGUAGGGAUGGAGACAAAGAAUAAUUAAAAUUACAAAAUAAAAAUAGGUAACGAUCAAACAUACAUAUUUAUGUUAGGUAAUAAUAAAAAAAAAAUUGAAAAUUGAACAUAAAAAAUAUCGAAUUACCAAUUUGUGUGGCGGCUGAAGUUGGCAGUGCCAGCUUUCGCUAAAUCGCACACUUUGUAGAGUGUACUGCGUCCAGUAGUGAUUAAAAAUCAUAUUGAAGCGGAUUCAGAUUUUUAUGAGUCCCAGAUGUUGAGAAACUACGUAACUAAUAAAAAGUUGUAUUGUGCAAUUUCUGAUUUAACUCAAAUGCACACAUAUGUAAGUAUGUAUGUGUGUAUUUUCUGAAUUACCUCUUCGUAUGCUUUCCCAAUAGUUAAGAGCACUGUGCAGAUGGUACUUUUUUUCUGUUACCAUGUAUUCAUUUGAUUGCGUUAAAUAUUUUUUAUUCAUUAAUUGAACAAAAUAUUUUCAAAUAUUACCAGGUAGAUACCUAUGAAAUGAGCCUUUUUUCAAUUUCAAACGUUUAUUAACAAAAAAUGGUUACAAAUUUAAUCUUCAAAAUAAUAACCAUCGCUAGCGACACAUUUUUCCCAUCUCUCAGGGCAAAAAAAUUGGCCGUCUUUGGC